UGUGCGGCAACAGCGCAUGCGGGGCGCAGUCGGAGAGGAGGCUGCUCCACUUCGCGACGGUUUGUCUUCCCGGCAGCGGCGCGGCUCGCGGUGUGGUGCCACAGCUGGCGGAGGCGGGGCUGGUGGCCGGCAUUGAGGACUUUUAUAGCCUGGAUGAGGCCUCCCUCUCCUCCCUGCCCAACUUCGGCCCCGCCCGCGCCGCCUCCCUGCUGUCUGCCGUCGCCGCCUCCCGCCGCAUGCCGCCCGCCCGGUUGCUGCAGGGACUCAACAUCCGGAUGGUGGGGCCGGCGGCGGCGGCGGCGCUGGGGGCUGCCUUUCCGGCGGUGGGGCAGCUGGCGGGCAGGUCGGCGGGGGAGAUUGUAGAGGCGUCGGGUGUGGGUCCUGCCGUGGCUUCAUGCGUGUCCGACUGGUUCUCCCAGCCGCACAACCUGCAGCUGCUGGGGCGGUU